CUCGCAGACGCCCAAGUGGGAUUGUUACUUGGAGACUUUUGCUAAGCCCAAGAGAGAGGACACUGCGGGGGUGGGAGGGGCGGGAAGCGAGGUGUUUACCCUCCGGCCACUGAAAGAAGGGGUUUAUUUCGCCCGCCCCGCGCCUACCAUGAUGUUCCCCGGCCUCCUCGCGCCCCCCGCCGGGUACCCUAGCCUCCUGCGGCCCACGCCCACCUUGACGCUGCCCCAGUCCUUGCAGUCGGCAUUUUCCAGCCACUCCAGCUUCCUGGUGGAGGAUCUGAUCCGCAUCAGCCGACCCCCCGCCUACCUGCCCCGCAGCGUGCCCACCUCCAGCAUGUCGCCGCCCAGACAGGGGGCCCCCACGGCCCUCACCGACACGGGGGCCUCGGACCUGGGCUCCCCGGGUCCUGGGAGCCGGCGGGGCGGCUCUUCGCCGACUGCCGUCUCCCCCGCCAGCGAGACCACGUUUCUGAAGUUUGGAGUGAACACCAUCCUCUCCUCGGGGCCCAGAACAGAAACAUCCCCAGCCUUGCUCCAGAGCGUCCCUCCCAAGACCUUCGCGUUUCCCUACUUCGAAGGGUCCUUUCAGCCUUUCAUCAGAUCUUCUUAUUUCCCAGCGUCCUCCAGCGUCGUGCCCAUCCCCGGGACCUUCUCCUGGCCGCUGGCGGCGCGCGGGAAGCCUCGGCGGGGCAUGCUGCGUCGAGCAGUCUUUUCUGACGUGCAGCGCAAGGCGCUAGAGAAGAUGUUCCAGAAGCAAAAGUACAUCAGCAAGCCCGACCGCAAGAAGCUGGCGGCCAAGCUGGGCCUGAAAGACUCGCAGGUGAAAAUCUGGUUCCAGAACCGACGCAUGAAAUGGCGGAACUCCAAAGAGCGCGAACUCUUGUCCAGCGGGGGCUGCCGCGAGCAGACCCUGCCCACCAAGCUCAAUCCGCACCCGGACCUCAGCGACGUGGGCCAGAAGGGUCCUGGGGACGAAGACGAGGAGGAGGAGGGUCCGGGCAGCCCCCGCCACCGCCUGGCGUACCUCGCGUCCCCCGACCCCCCGCACCUGCGGGACCCACGGCUGCCAGGGCCGCUGCCCACCUCGCCCGCGCACUCGAGCAGUCCCGGGAAACCUUCGGACUUCUCAGACUCCGAGGAGGAAGAGGAGGGAGAGGAAGAGGAGGAAAUCACCGUGUCCUAGAAGCCGCUCGCACUCCAGAGUACUGUUUUUAAGUGCUUUGAAAUUGAAGAGGUGGGGUC